AUUUUCCUGCAAAAUAUGAGAAAUAUGAGACUCUUUCUUUUACUUACUUUCAUUGCGAUCAUGUUACUUGAAGCAUAUGGUUUUACCGAUCAUGAAACCGAUAGGCAAGCGUUGCUGGAGUUCAAGUCUCAAGUUCCCGAAGACAAAAGAGUUGUCUUAUCCUCAUGGAAUCACUCAUUCCCUUAUCUCUGCAACUGGAAGGGGGUCACAUGUGGCCGCAAACACAAGAGAGUUACUCGUUUGGACCUUGGAGGCUUGCAAUUGGGAGGAGUGAUAUCACCAUCAAUUGGUAAUCUUUCCUUUCUCAUAUCACUUAAUCUCUCCAAUAACUCUUUUGGUGGAACCAUCCCUCAAGAGAUAGGAAACUUGUUUAGAAUUGAACACUUGGAUAUGAGCUUUAAUCUUCUCAGAGGAGGGAUUCCAGCCAGUUUAUAUAACUGCUCUAGAUUGUUGGACCUUGUGUUUUCUUCAAAUCAUCUUGGAGGAGGUGUUUCUUCAGAACUAGGGUUAUUGACGAAGCUUGUUAUUUUAUAUCUUGAUAGCAAUAAACUGAAAGGAACUCUCCCUCCAUCUCUAGGAAACUUAACAUCCCUUAGAGAACUUGGCUUGGAAAAAAACAAUUUAAAAGGAGAAAUUCCGGGUGAUAUAGCUAGGCUGACUCAAAUGGAGUAUCUUGAAUUAACAAUGAAUAAUUUCUCUGGUGUUUUUCCUCCUGCUAUCUACAACUUGUCCUCACUUGAGUAUUUAUCCAUGUUUGGUAAUGGUUUUUCGGGUAAUCUAAGGCCUCACUUUGGUAAUUUUUUACCUAAUCUUCAAUAUUUACUUAUGGGAGAGAAUUAUUUUACUGGAGCCAUCCCAACAACACUUCCCAAUAUCUCUAAUCUCCAAAUGUUCGGAAUAGAGUAUAACAAUAUGAUAGGAAGUAUUCCUUCUAGCUUUGGAAAAGUAAGGAAUCUGCAACUCUUGACAGUUCUUGGUAAUUCACUUGGAAGUCACUCUGUCGGAGAUCUUGAAUUUCUUGAUGCUUUGACUAAUUGCACCAAACUAAAAGAGUUAGAUGUUGGUGAUAAUAGGCUUGGAGGUUACUUGCCUACUUCACUUGCCAAUAUGUCUACCAACCUGAUUUAUUUAAGCCUUGAAGUAAAUCUCAUCUCAGGAAGCAUUCCUCUUGACAUUGGGAAUCUUAUACACCUACAAACACUUGGGCUGGGAGUAAAUAUGUUAACAGGUGCACUCCCAACAUCUCUUGGAAAGCUUUCGGAAUUUGGGGUAUUAGAUGUCGCUUUAAAUAAACUGACAGGAGAGAUACCAUCUUCUAUAGGCAACAUCACUCUAUUAGAAAAACUCAAUUUGUUCAACAAUAGUUUUCAUGGAAUCGUUCCUCCGAGUCUCGGAAAUUGUAGUCACCUUCUACAUUUGUAUAUUGGGUCUAAUAAGUUAAGUGGGACAAUACCUCAAGAAAUUAUGGAAAUUCGAUCCCUUAUCAUUCUAAGCAUGGCAAAUAAUUCUUUGACCGGCUCUCUCCCACAAGAUAUUGGGCAACUUCAAAAUCUUAUCGGGUUAGAUGUUGCGCAUAAUAAAUUAUCAGGGAAACUACCGCAUGAUUUGGGAAAGUGUCUCUCGAUGAAAGAACUUUAUCUGCAAGGAAAUAUGUUUGAUGGAAACAUUCCAGACAUAAGUGGGUUAGUGGGUGUUAAGAAAGUUGAUAUCUCAAACAAUAAUCUCUCUGGAAGUAUACCUGGAUAUCUUGCAAACUUCUCCUUGUUGGAAUAUCUCAAUUUAUCGAUUAACAAUUUCCAAGGAAGGGUACCUACAGAAGGAAAAUUUCAGAACUCUACUAUAGUUUUGGUAUUUGGAAACAAUGAUCUAUGUGGAGGCAUUAGGGAAUUUCAACUAAAGCCAUGCCUCGCGCAAGGAUCACCAGUGGAGAAAAAGCAUUUUUCUCAGCUAAAGAAAGUUGCAAUUGGAGUAAGCGAGUCCUAUUUCAACCAUCUAAGCUCGGCCGGUGUCAGAGGAACCAUCGGCUAUGCCGCACCAGAAUAUGGAAUGGGAGGGCAGCCGUCAAUACAUGGUGAUGUAUAUAGCUUUGGGGUUCUCAUUUUGGAAAUGUUCACCGGAAAAAGACCAACCAAUGAAUUAUUUGGGGGAAACUUUACCCUACACAGCUACACCAAAUCGGCAUUCCUGGAAAGAGUAUUGGACAUUGCAGACAAAUCGAUUCUUCACAAUGGUCUCAGAGUCGGUUUCCGUAUUGCUGAGUGCUUGACAUUGGUUUUGGAGGUAGGACUUAGGUGCUGUGAAGAAUCUCCUACGAACCGGUUGGCAACGAGUGAAGUCGCAAAGGAGUUGAUCUCAAUCAGAGAGAGGUUCUUUAAAACCAGAAGGACAGCCAGACGUUGAAGUGUUAUGGUUUUGCCUACAAAACUUUGCAGUCCACUUAAAAGGCUUUAUAUGAGGCCUAUAUAAUUUGUAUUUUUUUCUCAAAUAAACAUACUUAUGCUUG